AACAACAUUCUAUCUAUCACCUCUCUAACUUUGUUUCUUCUCUUAUUGCAAGCAAUGGCUUCUACACAAAACUCUGGUGACAACUUCCCCUACUUCCCUCCUUAUUUUCCCCACUCUCCACCCAAAAUUACACCCUCCCACAACUCUCCAACCCCUCACAAUAAGCCCAUUGUGACACCACCACCCAAGUUCCCCGCUCCGCGACAUCCACCAACUCCAGCAGCAAAACCACCAAAACACUCACCCCCCUCUCCAACACCCCCACCCCCACCCAAGUUCCCAGCUCCGGCUCCCCCACCGCGACAUCCACCAACUCCAGCAGCAAAACCACCCAAACACUCAACUCCACCACCCCCCUCACCCUCUGUAAUCCCACCUCCGCGUCCAACCUAUCCCCCACCGCCACCAUUUCAUCCUAUCCACCCACCACCCCCACCCCAUAUCGUUCCUCCUCCACCACCACCCGGACAUCAUUCACACACUGUCAUAAUUGUCAUCUUUGUCUCCCUCGGAGGCAUCUUUUUUCUUGCCUUUCUUUCAGUUGCUUUGUGCUGCUUCCUCAAGAAAAAGAAGAAAACAGUUCAAGAGACUGAUAAUUUGAAAAUUGAUCAACACCUGAAAAUCAAAGAAGCUAUAAUACCAGGUCCACAUGGUCCACAGACUGUUAUACUCUCCGUCGAGGACGACAUUCAUAUUCAAGAAGACAUCAGAAAAAAUGAAACUAGUGUGGGUCAAGGACAUUCACAUAUAAAAUCUGCAGCACAUCAUCCUCAGCUUCUUAACCUGGAACCAUCCACUUCUGGUAGCUCUCCUCAUCACCAGCUUGACCAGAAGACUGCUUAAGAUAGUAAACUCUUCUAGUCUUCUGAGCAAAACUUCUAAAUGUAAUAUACAGGGCACCUACUGCACUUGUCACAAGUCUACUCUUCAAAUGUAAACUGCAAUCUUCAUAUUAUUUUCUAUGUUACUGAACAGUUCUGAUAUCUAAUAAGCCAAUACACCCUCUUUUCAUAUUACAUGUCCACUAUUUAGGACAAAAAAGUGUUUCAGAUUAGUUGUCUAUUUCCAUUUUCAAUGAAAAAAUUUGUAUUUUCAGGAUGAGGUUUAUACCACAUCUUAUUAUGUUAUAUUUCCUAGAUCAA